AUGGGUCUCUUCUCCUCUCCUACUCUCCUUCCCGACGCUUCGGCGUACGCUACCGCCGCCAAUCUCCCUCCAUCGUCGGUCCAGGAAGCCCAGAAAGCCAAGAGCUACGAUUUCAUCAUCUGCGGUGGCGGUACCGCUGGAUGUGUCCUCGCCAGCCGUCUCUCGGAGGAUCCCAACACUUCGGUCCUUGUCCUCGAGGCAGGUGGCAACAACAAUGCUCUCGAGGUCAAGGCUCCCCUCGUCUUCACCAAGAAUUUCCGAACCGAGCGAGACUGGGACUACACCACCACGCCGCAGACAAACUUGCGAGGCCAGGAGAUGCAGUGGCCUCGCGGCAAGCUCAUCGGCGGCUCAUCCUCGAUCAAUGCCAUGAUGUACCACCACUGUGCUCCUUCCGACUACGACGAGUGGAGCGAAAAGUUCAAAUGCAAAGGCUGGUCGUACAAGGACCUCCUCCCUUACCUCAAUCGCUCCGAAAAGUACACUCCUCACGCUUCGCAGCCCGACGUCAAAGCUGAGGAGCGCGGCAGCUCGGGUCUCUGGCAGACGGGUCACUCUUCCUACAAGGCCGAGGUCACCUCCAAGGGCUUCAUCAACGCUUGCCAGGAGGUCGGCAUCCCCUUCAACCCGGACUUGAACACCCACCGCGGCAGUGAGGGUUGCACUCAGUUCACCACUUUCAUCGACAGCAAGGGACAGCGAUCCUCGGCUGCCACUGCUUACCUUCCCCUCGAGGUGCAGAAGCGUUCCAACCUCACCAUCGGUAUCAACGUCAUGGUCAACCGCAUCAUCUUUGACCGCACCGGCUCUCGCCCCAAGGCGAUCGCAGUCGAGAUGCAGAACAAGAAGGACGGUCCCAAGUACUAUGCUUCCGCCAACCAGCGUGUCGUGCUUUGCGGCGGUGCCAUCAACUCGCCCCAGACGCUCAUGCUCUCCGGUGUCGGGCCUGCUGCCAUGCUCAAGAAGCACAACAUCCCCGUCAUCAUCGACAAUGCUCUGGUCGGCGAGCGUCUCAGUGACCACCUUUGCCACUCUGGAAUCUGCGCACGAGCCAAGCCAGCUCACACACUCGACUACCUCUCGAGCGACAUCAAGGCACUUCCUUCGCUGGCACGCUGGCUCGUUACCGGCGGUGGCCCUGUUUCGAGCAACGCCGGCGAGGCUGCUGCGUUUGUCAGGUGCAACGACGAGAAGCUGCCGCUGGUCAACUCGCUUACCAAGCCUGAGAACCGUCCCGAGUUCUAUGGCUCGAUGGGCAAGGGACCCGACAUUGAGCUCAUCUGCACGCCCCUCGCCUACGUCGAGCACGGAGCUGUCGCUGCGCCUGCAGGCACUGGCUGUGUCGGUAUCGUCGGUCUCAACGUCCGUCCCCGCUCCAAGGGCACCAUCUCGAUCAAGUCGGCCGACCCAUGGGAGAAGGCCGUGGUCGAUCCCAAGUACUUUAGCGACCCUGGUGACAACGACCGCAAGGUGACGCUCGCUGGUAUGCGUCUCGCCAUCGCCAUCGUCCAGGCCAAUGCCAUGCAGCCCUACCUCGAGAAUUACAAGAGCGAUGACGAGGAAGACUUCUGGUGGCCCAUGUCGGCUACCGACCCAAGCAAGCUCACCGACGACCAGCUCAUCAAGUUCAUGUCCAAGUCGGCCUUCACGCUCUACCACCCGGUUGGAACGGUAAAAAUGGGCCCCGAUGCAAAGGACUCGGUCGUCGACACCAACCUUCAACUGCAUGGCGCCGAUGGAUUGGUGGUGUGCGACGCGAGCAUCUUCCCUGAGCAGAUCUCGGGUCACCCCACGGCGGCCGUCAUCGCUGUUGCCGAGAAGGCCGCCGAGCUGCUCAAGGGCAUCGCUGCCGACAAGGGCGCCAGUCACAACAUUGCUUCUCAUCUGUAG